GAAUCGCCGGGAUCGAGGAGAUUAGUAGUAAGCACAUCAUCAUCACUCAGAUCUAGUAGUUCCACAAACUCACAUUGGGUCGUUGACCAGAAAAACACACAGAGAAAGGAGAAAAACAUGGAGGAGUUGGCGCAUCCGUACGUUCCGAGAGAUCUGAACCUACCCGGAUACGUACCAAUCUCAAUGUCAAUGUCCUCCAUCGUCUCUAUCUACCUCGGUUCUUCCCUCCUUGUUGUCUCCCUCGUCUGGCUUCUCUUCGGGAGGAAGAAAGCUAAACUUGAUAAGUUGCUUAUGUGUUGGUGGACAUUCACUGGUCUCACUCAUGUUAUUCUCGAGGGCUAUUUCGUUUUCUCCCCUGAGUUUUUCAAGGACAACACUUCUGCUUAUCUUGCUGAAGUUUGGAAAGAAUAUAGCAAAGGUGAUUCGAGAUACGUAGGUAGAGAUUCUGCAGUUGUAUCUGUUGAAGGGAUCACUGCUGUUAUCGUUGGCCCAGCUUCUCUCCUAGCUAUUUAUGCCAUUGCUAAGGAGAAGUCGUAUAGCUACGUGCUUCAGCUUGCGAUUUCGGUUUGCCAGCUCUACGGAUGUUUGGUUUAUUUCAUUACUGCUAUCUUGGAAGGAGACAACUUUGCCACAAACUCUUUCUACUAUUACUCCUACUACAUCGGGGCUAACUGUUGGUGGGUCUUGAUACCUUCACUCAUUUCUUUCCGUUGCUGGAAAAAGAUUUGUGCAGCUGCUGCCAUUGCCAACAACAACGUCGAGACAAAGACGAAGAAGAAAACCCGUUGAACCAAGGAUCAAAGACUCUUUUAUCUCUUCAGGUUACUGCUGUUAUAGCAAAUGAACAUGAGUCUCCUUUUGCGGAUAAUUUAUCCAUUUUAAAAACUUUAGCUAUGUUGUCUGUCUCUCUUACAGCAAUAAACUUGUGAGGAUAAUUUAUCCAUUUUUCAUAUGAUAUUUGCACUUUUGUUUAGUUUUUCUUACAUGAACUUAAGAUCCCGUUUAUACAUAAUACAAGUGGGAGAGACAUGCAUAGGUAGCAAGCAACCAAAACCAUACAGUCAAUGUGAGUCGUGGAGCUACGUCUCUGUAGUCUCCCCCUCGUUGCAAACAUAACUUGUAUAACUAUGAACAUGUAUGUGUUAGGACUUACGACUUGGGAG